GAACCCAAGGCCAGCCUGAACUGCAUAGCGAGACCCUGUCUCAAAAGGACAAAAAAGAAAGAAAAAGAAAAACGUUACAUUACUUAAGACUAAACCUGCCUUUAUUUAUUUUUUACUUUUUUUGGUACCGGGAAUCGAACUUGGGACCUUCCGCUUGCCAGGCAGGCGCUGUGCCGCGGAGCUAUGUCCCCGACCCUGAACCUCCCUUUAAAGGCAGAAAAAUUAAUAAAUGCAAGAUAACCUGUGGGCGGAGGUAAAGGGUAGGAAUCACUAGCGUAAAUAAACAAACGCCCCGGAGAGGGCCCACACGAGCCCCCAGGCAGCGGAAGUGAGGAAAAGGGAGGCUUGGCCUCGCUACCAGCAGGCUUCCGGUGGAGUGUCGCAAAGAGGCCGUAAAUCAGAGAAUGUGGUUUAGCCCCUCCCACAAUGGGCGGCCCUAGAGAAAAUGGACCAAUGGCGAGCUGCAGAGCGGACUGCAACCCAAUGGCUCUGGAGUGGGUGGAAUUCGGAACUGUGCUCUGGAGGUCUGAGGCCCGGAGGCCGGUGUUUCUGCGCACGUGGUGAGCUGCGCUGUGUAGACUCGGCUUGAAUCCGAAGUGCGGGAGGGUGACGGACUGGAGCGAUGGGGCCCGCUCCUGCCGCACAGCACCUGCGCCGAGCGGCUGCGGAGCCAGAGGUGGUGAAACCAGCCCUGGAAGACAGGGUCCAGGGGGAAAAGAAGAUGGCUUCAAGAAAGCGUCCCCGGGCUGGGUCCCCAGCAGAGGGCCUCCUGCAGCCUGUGAAGCUCAGCCGGGAAGAGCUGUACAAGGAGCCCACCAAUGAAGAGCUGAAUCGCCUUCGGGAAACUGAGAUCCUGUUCCACUCCAGCUUGCUUCGUUUACAGGUAGAGGAACUGCUGAAGGAAGUAAGGCUGUCAGAGAAGAAGAAGGAUCGGAUUGAUGUCUUUCUGCGGGAGGUAAACCAGCGGAUCAAGAAGGUGCCCUCAACCCCUGAGGCAGAGCUUACUGACCAGACCUGGCUCCCGGCUGGGGUUCGAGUCCCCCUCCACCAAGUGCCCUACGCUGUGAAGGGCUCUUUCCGCUUCUUGCCUCCAGCCCAGGUCACUGUUGUGGGCAGCUACCUUCUGGGCACCUGUACCCGGCCCGACAUCAAUGUGGAUAUGGCACUGACUAUGCCCAGGGAAAUCCUGCAAGACAAGGACCUGCUGAACCAGCGCUAUUUCCGCAAGCGUGCGCUUUACCUGGCCCACCUGGCUCACCACCUGGCCCAGGAUCCCCUGUUCGGCAGCGUUCGCUUCUCCUACGCCAACGGCUGCCACCUGAAACCCUUGCUGCUGCUGCGGCCGCAUGGAAAGGACGAGCGCUUGGUCACUGUACGCCUCCACCCGUGCCCUCCGCCUGACUUCUUCCGCCCAUGUCGCUUACUGCCCACUAAGAACAAUGUGCGCUCCGCCUGGUACCUAGGACAGAGCCAUCCCGGGGACGGCAAACCAGAGCCCCCUACCCCUCACUACAACACCUGGCUCCUGCGGGAUACAGCUCUGGAGUCCCAUGCGCAGCUGCUUUCAGCUGUGCUGAGCUCUGCUCAGGGGCUGAAGGACGGUGUGGCACUUCUGAAGGUCUGGCUGCGGCAGCGGGAGCUGGACAGGGGCCUGGGUGGCUUUAACGGGUUCCUUAUUUCCAUGCUGGUGGCCUUCCUCGUGUCCACACGCAAGAUCCACACUACCCUGAGCGGCUACCAGGUCCUGAGAAGCGUCUUGCAGUUUCUGGCCACCACAGAUCUGAGCGUUACUGGGAUCAGUUUAUGUCCCAGCGCAGAGUCCUCCCUGCCGGCCUUGGCUGACUUCCACCAGGCCUUCCCCGUUGUCUUCCUGGACUCUUCAGGCCGUCUCAACCUCUGUGCUGAUGUCACCGCCUCCACUUACCACCAGGUGCAGCAUGAAGCACGACUGUCGAUGGUGCUGCUGGACAGCAAAGCUGACGACGGGUUCCAGCUGCUGUUGAUGACUCCCAAACCUAUGGUCCGGUCUUUUGACCACAUACUGCAUGUCCGUCCAGUGAGUCGCCUGCAGGCAGCGUGUCACCGGCUAAAGCUCUGUGCAGAACUGCAGGACAGUGGUGGGGAUUAUGUCUCUGCUGUUUUGGGCCCACUAAUGACCCUCCUGGAGCAGGGUCUGGGGUCCCGACUGCAGCUGCUGGCUCACUCUCGGCCCCCGGUCCCAGAGUGGGACAUCAACCAAGAUCCACCAAAGCACAAAGACUCUGGGGCCCUGACCCUGGGAUUGCUCCUUCAGCCUGAGGGACUGGCCAGUGUCCUCCAGCUGGGUCCAGAGGCUGACCAGCCUGAGGCUGCUGACUUCCGCCGGUUUUGGGGCUCCCGCUCAGAGCUUCGGCGCUUCCAGGAUGGAGCCAUUCGGGAAGCUGUGGUCUGGGAGGCAGCCUCUCUGCACCAGAAGCGUCUUAUCCCCCAUCAGGUGGUCACCCACCUCCUGGCGCUCCAUGCUGACAUCCCAGAUGCCUGCGUCCACUAUGUGGGGGGCUUCCUGGAUGCGCUGAUCCAAGGCCCGAAGGAGGACGGGUUUGUGUUCCGGAUCCGCGUGGCCUAUCAGCGGGAGCCGCAGAUCCUGAGGGAGGUGCAGAGCCCCGAGGGGGUGGUCUCUUUGAGGGACACGCCUGCCGCCCUCCGCCUCGAGAGAGACACGAAGCACUUGCCCCUGCUCACCAGUGCCCUGCACGGACUCCAGCAGCAGCACCCAGCCUUCUCGGGUGCCGCUCGGCUGGCCAAGCGGUGGGUGCGCGCCCAGCUUCUGGGUGAGGGCUUCACGGACGAGAGCCUGGACCUGCUGGCCGCUGCCCUCUUCCUGCACCCCGAGCCCUUCACCCCUCCCAGCUCCCCCCAGGUUGGCUUCCUUCGGUUCCUUUCCCUCGUGUCAACCUUUGAUUGGAAGAAUAAUCCCCUCAUUGUCAACCUCAAUAACGAGCUCACUGCGGAGGAGCAGGCGGAGAUCCGCAGUGGUUUCCUGGCAGCUCGAACUCGACUCCCCGUUAUGGUCCUCCUGACUCCCCAGGACCGCAAAAGCUCUGUGUGGACACAGGAUGGACCUUCAGCCCAGAUCCUCCAGCAGCUUGUGACCCUAGCAGCCGAGGCUCUGCCUAUCCUAGAGAAGCAGCUAAUGGAUCCCUGGGGGCCUGGGGACAUCAGGACAGUGUUCCGGCCGCCCUUGGACAUAUAUGACGUGCUGAUCCGCCUCUCUCCCCGCCACGUUCCCCGGCACCGCCAGGCUGUGGACUGUCCAGCCGCUUCCUUCUGCCGCGGCCAGCUCAGGGAGCCGGGGCCCUCAUCGCUGAUGCCGGUGCUGGGUUUCGAUCCCCCUCAGCUCUACCUGGCACAGCUCAGGGAGGCCUUUGGGGAUCUGGCGCUUUUCUUCUAUGACCAGCAUGGCGGAGAAGUGAUUGGUGUACUCUGGAAGCCCACCAGCUUCCAGCCGCAGCCCUUCAAGGCUUCCAUCGCGAAAGGGCGCAUGGUGGUGUCUCAGGGUGAGGAGAUGGUGAUGGUGCCCAAUGUAGAAGCAAUCUUGGAGGACUUCGCCGUGUUGGGCGAAGGCCUGGUGCAGGCCGUGGAGGCCCGAAGUGAAAGGUGGACUGUGUGAUCCCAGCUUCUGAACAAGCUGUGGGUGGACCUCAGGAGCAUGUGGACCCUCCGUAAUGGGCCCGAUGGCCUGAACACACCGAAUCACCCUCAGAGAAGGUCCUGCCCCAGUGUUCUGUCUGCUGCCUCAGCACUGAGGCAGGGCUAUGGUGUCCUGUCCAGUACCCUGGGCCUGUCCCCUGAGCAGCCAGAAGAGGACUAGGAGCUGGCUCAGCGGGAGCUGAACCCAGGAGAUCGGUCGUCUGUCAGCCCUGGGCCUGGACCUUUUCUUUCUCCCUCCCUCCCUCCCAGGCUUCUCCGAGAAGCACUUGGAGAAGUGGCUGUGUGCCUGGGUUGGAGGCUCUGUCCCCGUCCUUCACGUGGCAGGACUCAGGCGCAGAUCUCAUCGUGCCUUCACUGUAGCAUCAGGCCUUCAGUCGGGGCCCAGAGGUGUGACUCUUCCUGAGGGUCACAGCACCGGCCCUGAGCGGUGGGAACGGGCUCUGUGUGUCUGAACAGACCGCACUGAAAGUGCACAACGUCCUCCUGGGUUGGUGCUGCUGCUUCCCUGGGUGGAGACUGGGAAAGGGCAGGGGACGGGAAGGAGCUGGUGGGUUCAAGCGUCAGGUGGUCCCCGGCACAGAAGGGGUACAGAAGGCAUCGGGUGCUGCCUGCAGCCGGUUAGUGUUGGAGCUGUGCCCGCCUCGCCCCCGCACAGCUGCCUGCUCCUGCCUGGCCCUGCUGUGCACUUGCAGUGCAGUUGCAGAGAUGAGGACGCAGGUCCUGCUCUCCAGGAGCUCUGGAGCCCCAGGGCAUGGGGAACACCCUCUUCUGACGCAGCUCCCAGCUCCUGUUUCCUGUAAUCUCAGUCGGAUAGCUCUCCUCCUGAGCCGCGCCUUCGCCCCUAGCCGGAGGUGCCCUUUCCCCUGUGCGAGGAGAGCACUCACUCUCUGGGCUCGCCUGGCAGGCUGCCACAGCAGUGUGAGCCCUUCUCUGGGACCCUCGUGUCAAUUAAAGUGCUUGCUUUUGUCCAUGGUC